AAGCGCGCUUCAUUUCUCCCUCCCUCUCUUUCUCUCUCGUCCACAAAGAAGGAAGGACCUAUAAACAGUGAUCUAUAGACUUCUGCAGCGAUACUUCGAACUACUCCCAUAUCCGAAUCUGAGAGGUGCUAAUAUUAAUUUGAUGGGGAACUCAAAGAAUGAUUCCGUCGCCGACGGCGACAACUCAGGCGGGGAUGUUCCAGAUUCCGAUACCGCUAUAUAUUCUGAAGGAGAGAAAGUCCUCGCUUAUCAUGGUCCUCGCAUCUACGAAGCCAAGGUUCAAAAAGCUGAAGUGAGGAAGAAAGAAUGGAGAUACUUUGUUCACUAUCUUGGUUGGAAUAAAAACUGGGAUGAAUGGGUAGGGGCAGAUCGACUGAUGAAGCACUCGCAGGAGAAUGUGAAUAAGCAACAGGCACUUGAAAAAAAGCAGGCAGCAGACAAGAAUUCAAAAUCAGCAUCGCGUGCACCACAAUCUAAAUCUAAAUCCUCAACUGAUGUUAAGACAGAAAAGGAGGACAUAAAGAACACUGUGUCAAAGGGGAAGAAGAGAAAAGCAGAUUCAAUCAUUGAGGAUAUUGAUGCAUCUGUGGAGAAGGUAGUCAAGAUCCAGAUUCCGUCAUCACUAAAGAAACAACUAGUUGAAGACUGCAAGUUCAUUCAGCAGGAUAAGCUUGUUAAACUUCCUCGUUCUCCCACCGUUGAUGAUAUAUUGACCAAGUAUCUUGAAUACAGGACAAAAAACGAUGGCACGAUUACUGAUUCUGUUGGAGAAAUCUUGAAUGGAUUAAGGUGCUAUUUUGAUAAAUCGCUUGAGAUAAUUUUGUUGUAUAAAAAUGAGCGCCAACAAUACAAUGAAGCAGUCGUAGCAGCAAAUUCUGUUUCUCCGUCCACUGUAUAUGGCGCUGAACAUCUCUUGCGCCUUUUUGUUAAGCUUCCAGAGUUAUUGUCUUAUGUAAGCAUUGAAGAGGAGGCAUUGAGCCAAUUGCAACUACAGCUAGUAGACCUUCUCAAGUAAUAAAUGAUUUGAGUCUCUUUAAUAAUAAUACACUAAAGAUCUCGGCUGGCCAUUUUUAUGGAACAUUGAUGUUUUUUUUUUCAUUUGACAUUGAUGUAGGUUUAUGCAAAAGCAACAGGGGACAUUCUUUCUUUCCUCUUAUGAAACAUGGAAAAGUUCUGAAAAAGGGAAGGAUAAAUGAAAGUUUUAACAACAUCUCUAGAAGAAGAAGAAGUUCAAGGUGACUUGCUGACUCAUUAUUAAACCAUCUGUUGUGGUGCAUCAAUAUAGAUUCAUAUCUCAAAACUAGUUUUUUUUUUAUUUUGUCUAUUUGGGAUAUAGCUCCUUUAGCAUCAUUAAUCACAUUUGAAAAUAUAGCUUUAUUGGUGGAAAACUAUAACCAACUAUCAAUACCUUCUGUUGUAACAUUGGAUAUUCAAAAUUACUUCUAUGAAACUGUAAUGUGUAUUAGCUAAUGUAUUUGUUUGUGUGUGA